UUUAAAACUCUGUGUUUAUAAUUCAAGGGACUUUUAUCUUAAAGACAACUAAUUAUAUUUACAACAAAGACACAACACCUCCCCCCUUUUUUGAAGCUAGAUCUAUACACAAUAUAUGUAUACAUCUAUACACGUGUAUGUAUAUACAUAUACAUUUUUAUAAUAUUAAUUAGAAAUAAGUUACAAUAGUCCCUUUGCUGAGUGUCUACUAUACCCUAAGUACUAUCCUUGUCAUGCUUAUGCUUGCUCAUUUCAUUUCAUUAUCAGUAUUUUGAUCUAGAUAUAGUUAGCCCUAUGUUACCAUGGAAGAAAUGGAGCCUCAGAAAACUUAGGUAACUAGCCUAAGAACAUAUUGCUAUUAAGUAACAAUGCUGUGGAAAUUUGGAACUUUAUUUCUAGUAACUAUUUAGCAAUGCUACCUCAUCAUAUCUAUUACCUCCAGUUGUAACAGGAGUAAAAGUACAAAUCUCAGCCCAUGCUCAUAGAUCAAGGAAUAGAAUUUUUCAGAAUGUAUGUACACACUUAAAUGACCUUAAAUCCUUUACUAAUUUCUGUCUUGGCAGCACAUUUUUUAAUGACAUGGGAUUUGUGAGGCAGCAAAUAAGAAGCAGAUGAGAACAAAAGAGGGUUCUGAAGAUACAUGGUUUAAAAUAUGAUUCUGCUUCCACUAUCUUUCCUAAUUUCCAUUAAGAUCCAUAAAAAAUAUCAUUUGUAAACUUUAAAGAUUUCAUUCAUUUAUUCAUGAGACACACACACAGAGGCAGAGACACAGGCAGAGGGAGAUGUGGGCUCCAUGCAGGAAGCCUAAUGUGGGACUCUAUUCCAGGACUCCCGUAUCACGCUCUGAGCCAAAGGCAGAUGUUCAACCAUUGAGUCAUCCAGGUGUCCCCAUAAAAAAGUAUCCUUAAUAAAAACACAAUGCUAGAACAUAAAGAUUACAGUGCUAUGCCACAUCACUGAACAAACAGCUGGACAAGAAGCUACCACUCUCAUAGAGUGGUAAGAAGAAGCACUCAGGCACCCCCUCUAAUGAGAUGUCAGUGCUGAGGCUGCUAUGAAAGCAUCAUUGGAAAGCAGCCUCCUAUGAUGCUGCAUGAGGAAUGGGGCAGCCAAUGAACAAAGUCAACUUAGAGGCUCAUGACAAACUGCCCACGUCUGUAAAUAGCACUCACACAUUGAUUGAUGUGUGUUCAGUGUAAAGAUUUCUCUUUACACAGGAAGGUCUGGCUGACAGACAGACACAGGCACACACAUACACACAUCCCUUCAGCACAUAUUGACUAACAACCUCCAAGCAUACCAUUCAGUGUAAAGAACUGUUCUAAUUGGUGUGAUAUUUGCAUGUUAGGUAUUUACUUAAUGUGUGUUUAAAAUUAAAAAGAAAAACCCUUAAGAUGCUACAUACCAAAGUGUAUCUGGUUUGUUUUCUGUAAAAUCUAACCAUGACACUCUCCAGCAGUAACAUUUGACACUAUUCCCAUGGAGUUCGAUUUAUGGCCUUCCUCCAGUUCUGCAGAAUCAUAAGGCCUGCUUCCUCCAUAUCCAUUUAGGGGAUCAUUUUUCCUAUAAUUAUGUAGACUGAGAAAUGUCAGCCCUGGAACCUCGUAAGUAUUGACAGGACCAAAGUUUCUAUUCCUCUUGGUCAUCAUUCUUAGGUAUCUGAAAUCUGAGAACAGAAGUUGGCACUGGAACUUUUUAAAACAAAUGGUUGGAAGGUAGAUUAUAAAGAAAACAGAUCUGUAAACUCGUUAUUUACCAUUUGUGUCUUGGAAGUAGGAGAUGGAUUGACCGGGACACCUGGAUGGCUCAGCAGUUGGGUGUCUUGCCUUUGGUUCAGGGUGUGAUCGUGAAGUCCCAGGAUGGAAUCCCACAUUGGGCUCCCUGCAGGGAGCCUCUGCCUGUGUCUCUGCCUCUCUUUCUCUUUCUCUCUCUCAUGAAUAAAUAAAUAAAAUCUUAAAAAAAAAGGGGGGUGGGGAGAUGGACUGACCUUGAAUCUGGGUUAACGUAGGACACAGACAACUAGUAGAAACAAACACACAGUCAUAGAAGCUGUAGCUUCCCUUUCAACAGAGUGCAAUCUUAACUGCCAGUACCAACAUCUUACCUACUGAGUGAAAGAGUUAGUUAAGUCUAAACUGAAAUAGACUUAAUUCCACGUUCCAGUCAGGUCAAGUUUAAGAGUUGUUAAAAGCCAAGUUAGGUCUGCAAAUGUGCUUGAUUUCUUUCUGAGAACAAAACUAAAAAGGUCACUCUCUCCUCUCAAUACUUGAGAAAUAAGCACCUUUUAUAUAGUUUGGUAAGCUAAGCUAGCUGGAAGGAUUUUAGGCUAUGGAGUUUUCAUAGUCAGGUGGCCACACUUGUAGUAAAGGCAGCCUAAAAACAGUAGUUAUUUUUAGUCCUUGGAAGUCUAGGCCAGGUUUGAACAAAUCAGUAAAGUUUUGUAUACUGUGUAUUAAAAGCUGAUAUAAAGCCAAGGACAAAGGCUGCAAGGGAACACAGAGAGGAGAUAAUAGAACAGCUGUUAAGAGUUAAGGAGGAAUGGUUUUGGGUUAACUUGUUGGCUGUCUGGGGAAAUACAGGGAAGGGUGCUCACUACCACCCAAAUUAGUACCUUUAUGCUAUACUUAAUCUCCUAUAGUUCCCUUUUCUUUCUCCCACUGCCAAAGUCCAUCCCUUGCCACUCUCAGGUCAGAGCUGUUUUACCUGUGUAUUCUAGAAUGUUGGAGCAAGUUGAAAGAGAAGAAAAAGAAAAAAUGAUUGGAUGGGGACAGCUAGAGAUUUUGUGGACUUGAUCCCCUUUCAAACUACCAUGUCCUCAUGUGAUUGUAUACACAUACAAACACACAUAGUCCUCUCAUGCCUCAUUCAUUAUAUUUUUUCUUUUUCUUUUUUUUUUUUAAGAUCUUAUUUAUUUGAUGGUGUGUGGGGGGAAGAGAACAAGCAGGGAGAGUGAUAGGCAGAGGGAGAGGGAGAAGCAGACUCCCCACUGAACAGGAAGCCUGAUGUGGGGCUCGAUCCCAAGACCCUGGGAUCAUAACCUGAGCUGGAGGCAGAUGCUUAACUGACUGAGCCACUCAGGUGCCCCCAUUAUAUAUUUUUUUAAAGAUAAAUACAAAUCAGAAGAAACAAAAUGAAAUGGCAAAGAGAUACACUAGAUAUAACUGCCUAUAGAGAUCAUCCUUAAAUAUACCCUCUUCCCCACCCCUGUCCUUCCUUCUAAAGCAGAAGGAGAAGCCCCUCACUGUGUUCCCAUAGUGCCUUGGUGAUCUCUAGCUCUGGUUAACUUACCAUACUGUAUUUUAUUGUUUAAGCAAGCAAUACAGUUCUCUCCAUACCAGGACUGUGAACUACUUACAGCUAAAAUGCCUUUUAUUUACUGAAUGCCUGUGAGUGAGAUGAGUAGAAUGCUGUGAUUUCCAGUCUCUUUGUGAUGUUUCAUAGUAAAGGAUGGACUAAAAACUCAGGAGAAAACAAUUUAUGUUUCAUUCUUUAUUGUAUUUUAUGUGUUUAAGUUCAUAAUGAAGAGCUUCCUCAUAAUGAUAUAAGUAGUUAGUGGCUAGAGAUAAAGGUAAAUAGUUUCCAGGCACAGCUAUGUUACUAAAACGUCACAGCUAAGUGUGAGAAUCUAUGGAAAAGUGAGUUGGUCAUGAUCUUAAAGCAAUCUUAAAUUGGUUAAAAUUAGUUUACCCAAUUAGAAAUGUAAUUGGGUAAAAAACUUAUUAGGAAAACUAAAUUGGGUAAACUAAAAAAAUUCAUCCAUUUUAACUACUUUAUGUCUAAAAUGUUGACUCAAACGGUUAUAUUUGAUUCUGAUAUCCAUCAAGGCAAAAUAAUCAAUAUUAAGAAAAUCAGAAUUCCCAAGUUACUCUGUGUGUUAUCAUUUCUCAAGAAAUCAAGAUCGUUUUUUAGAAAGUUCAUUCACUAUGACCCAAUAUGGAUUGACCUGUUCAGUCUGUAUAUGAUUAUUUUUACAGGAAAAAUUCUAUAUUCAAAAACACCUCAUUAGUUCAGAUAAUAUGAAAUACAGUGAAACUUCAGCACUAAGACACUAAGAAAUGUGGAGUGUCUUUUACUCUUGGAGUAGAAUCCAAGCCAAAUUCCAAAUCUCACUAAAAUCACAUUUCAUCACCCUUUUUCCCGAAGUCAUAAAACCAGUAACUAUCCAGGAAAUGUUGUAUCUGUUCAUUGUAAUGCAGUUAACCUUAUCUCCGCCCAAAGAAAUUAUGUAUUUUUUAAUGUUGUGUACUUAAAACUAUCGAUCAGCUUUCAGAUUUCAAAAUACAUUUUGGUCUAGAAUUGUAUAUACUCCCUAGUAUGAGAGUAACACCUCAUUUUAUCCUCCAUUACAGAAGACAAUAGAUGUACAUCUUCAAAUGCAGCAUCCUGCACCAAAUGCCUUGCGCUGGGUCCGGAAUGUGGAUGGUGUGCUCAAGAGGUGGAUUAAGGAGUGAACGUUGUGAUAUUAUUUCCAACUUAAUAAGCAAAGGCUGCUCGACUGAUUCAAUAGAAUAUCCAUCUGUACAUGUAAUACCAAGUGAAAAUGAAAUUAAUACCCAGGUGACACCAGGAGAAGUGUUGAUCCAGCUGCGUCCAGAAGCUAAAGCUAAUUUUAUGCUGAAAAUUCAUCCUCUGAAGAAAUAUCCUGUGGAUCUUUAUUACCUGGUUGAUGUCUCAGCAUCAAUGCACAAUAAUAUUGAAAAAUUAAAUUCCGUUGGAAAUGAUUUAUCCAGAAAAAUGGCAUAUUUUUCCCGUGACUUCCGCCUUGGAUUUGGCUCCUAUGUUGAUAAAACAGUUUCACCAUACAUUAGCAUCCACCCAGAAAGGAUUCAUAAUCAAUGCAGUGACUACAAUUUAGAUUGUAUGCCUCCUCAUGGAUACAUCCAUGUGCUAUCUUUGACGGAGAACAUUACUGAGUUUGAAAAAGCAGUUCACAGACAAAAGAUCUCUGGAAACAUAGAUACACCUGAAGGAGGUUUUGAUGCCAUGCUUCAGGCAGCUGUCUGUGAGAGUCAUAUUGGAUGGCGAAAAGAAGCUAAAAGAUUGCUGCUGGUGAUGACAGAUCAGACAUCUCAUCUUGCUCUUGAUAGCAAAUUGGCAGGAAUAGUGGUGCCAAAUGAUGGAAACUGCCAUCUCAAAAACAACAUCUACGUCAGAUCAACAAGCAUGGAACAUCCCUCACUAGGCCAACUUUCUGAAAAGUUAAUAGACAACAACAUUAAUGUCAUCUUUGCAGUUCAAGGAAAACAGUUUCACUGGUAUAAGGAUCUUCUACCCCUCUUGCCUGGCACCAUCGCUGGUGAAAUAGAAUCAAAGGCUGCAAACUUAAAUAAUUUGGUAAUAGAUGCCUAUCAGAAACUCAUUUCAGAAGUGAAAGUUCAGGUGGAAAACCAGGUAAAAGGAGUUUAUUUUAAUAUUACUGCCAUCUGUCCAGAUGGGACCCGAAAACCAGGCACAGACGGAUGUGGAAAUGUGACAAGCAAUGACGAAGUUCUUUUCAAUGUAACAGUUACAAUGAAAAAAUGUGAUGUCACAGGAGGAAAGAGCUAUGCAAUAAUCAAACCUAUUGGUUUCAAUGAAACCACUAAAAUUCACAUACACAGAAACUGCAGCUGUCAGUGUGAUGAUGGGAGAGGAUCUAAACGAAAGUGUGUAGAUGAAAUUUUUCUAGAUGCCAAGUGUUUCCAGUGUAAUGAGAAUAAAUGUCAUUUUGAUGAGGCUCAAUUUCCUUCUGAGACUUGCAAAUCACACAAGGAUCAACCUGUUUGCAGUGGACGAGGAGUUUGUGUUUGUGGAAAAUGUUUAUGUCACAAAGUUAAGUUUGGAAAAGUGUAUGGAAAAUACUGUGAAAAGGAUGAUUUCUCUUGUCCAUAUCACCAUGGAAAUCUGUGUGCUGGGCAUGGCGAGUGUGAAGCGGGCAGAUGCCAGUGCUUCAGUGGCUGGGAAGGGGAUCGGUGCCAGUGCCCGUCAGCAUCAGCCCAGCACUGUGUCAAUCCAAAGGGCCAAGUGUGUAGUGGAAGAGGUACAUGUGUAUGUGGCAGGUGUGAGUGCACCGAUCCUGGGAGCAUUGGCCGCUUCUGUGAACACUGCCCCACGUGUCACACAGCCUGCAGUGAAAACUGGAAUUGUGUGCAAUGCCUUCACCCUCACAACCUGUCUCAAGCUAUACUUGAUCGUUGUAAAACCUCAUGUGCUCUUAUGGAACAGCAUUAUAUGGAGCAAACAUCAGAAUGUUUCUCUAGUCCAAGCUAUUUAAGAAUAUUUUUCAUCAUCUUCAUAGUUACAUUCUUGAUUGGGUUGCUUAAAGUCCUUAUCAUUAGACAGGUGAUACUACAAUGGAAUAGUAAUAAAAUUAAGUCCUCGGCGGAUUAUAGGGUGUCAGCCUCAAAAAAGGACAAGUUGAUUCUGCAAAGCGUUUGCACAAGAGCAGUAACCUACCGACGUGAGAAACCUGAAGAAAUAAAAAUGGAUAUCAGCAAGUUAAAUGCUCAUGAAACUUUCAGGAUAAGUUUAUAUAUGUCACAGAUGACUGGAUUAAAUAAGUGCUAAGUUACUACUGCCAUAAAACCCUAGUAAUACAAUGUCACUUUAUUAGAAUACUGAUUUUAAAAGCUGAAUGUUUAAUAAGGGACACUGUAAAGUAACAUCAAAACCUGAACAGCUUCAUUGUGUGCAGAUGUGGAGUCUUACUGAUCUUACCUGAAAAACUGGAUGCUUCACCAUUUCACUUGUCUAAUCAUCAGGUUGAAGAUCACAAGGUGUUUCGAAACUCUGCCUCAAGCAAAGUGCCACAUUUUUUAGUGAGUUCUCUCAGAUAUAUACUCCAAGUAGAUACUAGCAUUUUUCAAAUUAAAAGCUAUAUUAAGCGAUACUAUUUUCACUCUUCAGUGCAGCCUAAGGAAUGCUUUCCCUGAAUCACCUCAACCAUACUCACCAGAAUUUUAAACAUAUACAAUUGGAGGAGGAUAGACAAUAUCUUAGAAAUAAGCUAAUUCAGCCUUUUAGUUAGUCAGGGAACCAAGGCUCAGAAAAUUUAAAUGGUAUCUUUAAAAACACCCAAAUGAUUAAGUGGCAGCAUUUGAAGAGAACUUCUUUUUAUUGCCAGGCUAGUGUUCAUUGUACAACAUUGUACAAUAUCAUGCUACCUCUUGAAUCUUUAAAAUCUUUGAUUGGAAGUAUUUUUAAAUGUGAUUCAUUGAAGUCUUGAGUAUAUGGGCAUGAGAAAAUUUCAAAAUAAAGCAAAAAAGAGUAACUCAAAUUGAAUUCCAUGACUGGCUUCCAAUCCUACCUGAUAGCUUCUAAGAGAAUGCAGCAUGGCCUAACUACAGGGAAAUCUAUUCACACCACAAGCCUGUGAGUUGUGCAGUGCUCAGCCUGAGAGCUUGAAUCAGAGGCCAUGAGCGUCUAUCUUCCACAAUGGAAACUUCUUCACAAUUACCAUAACCCUACAGACAUAUUCAGUCUGAUUUUAUUGGCUAGAAGUCCAAUAGUCCUUUGUGUAGUACAGAGCUUUGCCUAUGAAAACAAAGGAAUUUGUUUAAAAUGUUUUAUAAUUAACUUCCCAAAUUUGCUGUCUUCCAGCACUUGAAGAAAUGCCAGAUAUUUGCAUUUUAACCCCACCCCAUAUUUUACCCCAAAGAGGAUUUAAAAGCAUAUAAUAAGUUGUUCUGGAGCAAACAAGCACAGCAGCUCCAAUAACUGUCCCCUAUAGCCAAGCAAUUAUGAUGCUUAGUUGAACUAAUGAGAUUGGGGACAUUGACAUAAUUCAGUACUGUGACUCACUUGUGUAAGAUACCUUUGAACACCAGGGAUAAUGUAAAAAUCAUAUUUUUUGGGCUGCCUGUCACACACAGUACCCAUUUUAAAAAGAAAAUUACGGAUACCUAAUAGCUCUCCAAAAGGAAAAAGUGGAAAUCAUCCAUUCAUUAAAAUACUGACAAUUUAAAAAAUGAACAUUAUAAUAUUCGUAAACUAAUCUCCAUGUGGAAUGAAUUAUCCAAAGGAGCAUAAUAAAAUGAAACCCUUAAAAAUCAAGGGUUUAUAUUUUUAUACUUUCACUAGUUUGCACUAAUAUAAUGGACCAAGGCUGUUAUAGGAAAAGACAAACUUCCUGAUAAGCAGUUCAAUGCUUGAUGAUGAUUGUAGUUAUGCUUGUGAUAUCUUGUGCUUUCUUUCUUUACUUAAAGACCUAAUUCUUAAAGAGUCUAGAGCUUAUAUUUUACUUGAAUAAUGGAUAUUUUCCUGUAAAAUGGCUUAUAAGAAGAGAAUUAAUAUUUGACUAGUAAGAAUUAACAGGUAAGGGAAAACAGGGUAUUCUUAUUCUUAGAUUAAAUAAUUUAUGUAAAUAGAGCCUAUUUUCAACUAAUAUGACCAUAGGAGCCUCCUGAGAUUCAUGAUAUUAAAUAAAUAAUGAAAUUUUAAAUAGUUAACAAAGAACUUGAACAACACUUUUGGUACGAUAGCAUUUUUGUGCCGUAAAGUAUGUAAUGAUUUAGAAAUGUGCCAUAUAUACACUACAAUAUAAAUGUAUGCAUUUUAUUUCUCUGGGGACAUCUUUACACCACAGCAUAUGUGGAUUUAUAAACAUUUCAUAUCUUUUUUUAAACAUUAAUAUGUAUGAAGUCAUAGACAUUCUCUGCAAGCCUCAAAAAUUUACUAAAAAUCUGAUUAUGUACUGAAUGUUCAAUAUAGCUUUGGUUUAUAAGGAUACAAAAAAAAAUCUAAGGUUAACAGAAUAGAUUUCUUUGGAGGCAAAUUUUUCAACCCGAAAUUAUAAUUAGUGGAUGCAUCAAGUACAACACUUUAUAAUAGGUAACAUAAAUUUUUUAAAUAUAUAUUUAAUCCCAUUAAAGAUAUUCUUAUGUAUGACAACAGGCAUCCAUGAGACACUGAAAUAUGAUUAUGAUGAACUAUGAAAAUAUUUCUCCAUAGAAUUAUAUUCCUCUGAUACAUGGUAUAGUAAAUUGUACUUAAUGACUUGUCCUUCUUUUCCUUACUCCUAGUUUUCAUACUCACUUUUCCUAAGAGAUUGCCCUACAACUCUAAGCCCAAUAAGGCUAAUUGUGAAAAAUAACUCAAUAUAAUGGUUUAAUGAAGUUCUUCAUUUCCAAACAUCUCUUAAUGAUUUCAAAAUUCAUCAUGCAACUGAACCAAGACACACCCAUUAAAAACUAAGAAUUUAUAAUUUUCACAACCAUUUGAGCUUCUUUCAGAUCUAAAGGAUUUAAGAUCUGUAUCUUUAAUAAAAGUAUUGAGUGAAAUAUAGCUACUUGGGAAUUCAAUCAUAAGCAUAUUGUAAUCUGUUUUAUAUAUUCAAUAUUUAAUUUACAACUAUUCUUAUUUAUAUUGACCUUAAGAAUUCCAUUUAAUGCAAUGCAAACUGAGAUAUAUUUUCAGAAAAAAUAGAACAAGCAUUCUUUUAGAUAAUUUCCUUUUUCUUUUAUAGUACUCUGGCAAAUUUAUUAUGGGUAACUGAUUAUACAUACUCAUAUUUCAUUGAUUCUAAGACAUCUACUUUUCAAUUUCACAUCUCUAAAAUUAUGGUGUAUCUUGCAAUCAUUGGCAUCUUAGAUGCAGUGUUUGAAGUUGUACUUGAAUAAAUAUUACACUAAUUCAUCUUUAAAUGUUCAUGAGAAUAGGGACAUUCCUUUUCUUAUAAAUAUUUGAGAACCUAUUUAUGAUAAUGUGUGAAGUCAAUUUUCAGUACAACUGAAUUACACACAACUCAUCAAGGAGCCUGUCUGAUUAUGAGCUCAGAUCUUACAGACCUUUAGGUUAUAAAAGCUCUUUCAUCUUCCUCUGUAUACUUUACGCUAGUGGCUAUGAUUUCAGCAAACCUAACUUAACUGACAAGAAUGAGUGGGUUUCUCCUAAUUUUGCAAACAAAUUUUUAAUCUUUUUAUUCCUUUCUAAAACAUACUUUCGUAUGAUCAUCUCACUUUUAAACAGAAUUAACUGGAAAAAUAUAUGAAACCAUCAUAAUUAGAUUUUGUAGCAUCUUGUAUGUCUUAUGUCAAUGACAGAAGAAAAAUAUAAUACAACCAAUUAGUACUGUAGGAAAAACCUUUCCCUUCAAGUCCUCUCUGUUUUUUGUUCAUCUUUCUCAUUUCUGCCCUUUUGUUUGAUUUUUAUUUUGGCUUUAAUAAAUUUACUUUCAAUGCCAUGUAAUGAUUGUCAUAAAACUGCAUAUUUAACUUAUUUGAGUUAUAUGAAACAAUUGUUCAGCUAUCUGGGCAGCUGUUAAUGAAAUACCUGAGGGUAAUAACACUACUUUUUUUUUUAUCUACCUGGCAUACUUUCCUGCAUAAAAUCUAUCAUUGUAAGCUAACUCUAUUAAUCAGAUUUCCAACCUCUGUGACCUAUUUCAGUUAAAAGUAUUUAAUCCAAUAAUAUUAAAAAAAAAACUGCAGUUAUCAAGGAUGGAAAAUGUGUGAUUUUUGUAAAGAACAUUUACUGACUUUACACCUUACCACAGAUAAAUGUGAUUUUGAUAAGAACUCCCCACAAUGACAAAAUUCAUGGUACAUAAAUUUUAUUAAGAAUAUUGAAUAUGAAAUAUUUUAAUUCUAAAUUAUAAGAAAAUAUAAAUUUGCACAUAAUAUAGAAAUUCAUUUUGUGUGUAUUUAACAUAACUUUAAAACUAUUUUACAUUUACCAGCUACUUCAUUAAAGGUUUUUAUUAAACAUUUGAAAAAAUAAUUUAGAAAUAUUUUUAAAUUAUCAGGAAUAUAACCUUCUUUGUUUCAUUUAACAAGUUGAGCCUUUGUAAAAAAUUAAUAUAGAGUGUAUUUUUAAAUUAAAAUAUUUGAAUAUAAAAUAACUUUUAUGAAAGAAACGAAUUCUCAAUAAACAAGUUUCUUAUCAUUUCUGGCUUUGAACUAUACAUAGUUAAACUGCCUUAAGUGACGCAGAAAAUUGGGGGGUAAUUUCAGAAAAUAUACUAUGAACCUGUUCAUGUAAUUCUGACUGACUACUAACUUCUGUUUUAUGUAUUUAUUAAAGAGCUGACACUGUA